UUUUUCCAGCAUUGUUUUUUAUGAUGUUUGGUAGUAUUGAGAAUAAAAUCGCUCUAGCCUGAAUUAAUGCACACAUUCAUCCAACCGGAAAUAACGUCAACAUAAUCCCAGCCCUGGUUAUAUAAAGCCACUUAUCGGACCUGCAUCAUGUCGGCCGAGCUGGACCUGUCGCCCCCUGAGGUCCCGGAGCCCACGCUCCUGGAGAGCCUGCUGCGCUAUGGGCUAUUCCUGGGGGCCAUCUUCCAACUCAUCUGCAUCUUGGCCGUCAUUAUCCCGUCCUCGAAGGGACACGAACAGGAAGAGACAGAGACUACUGAUGGAAAGGCUGCUGAACAACUGAAAAAAUCUAAAGGACCUGCACCUCAGAUUCGCCAGAAACUCAAGAAAGAGAGCAAAAAGAAGCGAUAGAUUACCAGUAGCCUGACAGUGUUUAUGUGUAUUUUUGUCCAUGUCUAACCGAAUGCCAGCCUUUUGCCAGCAACAUUUUUCACUUCAAAGUGACCCUGAAUUUACUCUCAAUUCCAUGCCUGUUUUUACAAGUAGGCCCAUGCGCUAACCUUUAUAGAUUAAGUUAAGUAAUUAUCUGGCAAAAAAAAAGGCUUUUUUUUUGUUCAUUUUCAAUUCAGCAUUGCAUUUCUGAUUAAAAAUUGU